AUGACAGGGGAAACCAAAUCGUGUGUGGCGUUGGAGGAAAUGCAGAUUGUAACACAACACUGCGGGCCGGUUUCGAAAUUCUGAUUAAAUUUAAAAUUUUGAAUACUUUAUAAAUUACCAAAAAUUAUUGUCAAUUGCUGUCAAUUUAAAUGACAGUUAGUAACGAGAAGGAGAUGGGCGGUGAGGAAGACGAGAUAGACGUGGUAAUCAACCCAAGGUGUUUUUUUGAUGUCGAGAUCGGCGGCGUUAGUGCUGGUCGGGUAGUUUUUGAGCUGUUUGCUAAUAAAUGUCCCAAGACUGUCGACAAUUUUCGCCAACUGUGCACAGGAGAGGGUGGUGUGGGAAAGUCCACGGGAAAGCCACUCCACUACAAGGGAACCGUAUUUCAUAGGGUCAUCAAGGAGUUUAUGAUCCAAGGUGGAGAUUUUACCAAUUUUAAUGGCACCGGAGGAGAAUCAAUCUACGGUGGAACAUUUGAAGAUGAAGAUUUGGCACUGAAGCAUGAUGAACCAUUUCUCCUGUCGAUGGCGAAUCGUGGCCCCAACACUAAUGGAUCACAGUUCUUCAUACUCACCCAGCCUGCUUCUCACCUGAAUGGUAUUCACGUUGUCUUUGGAAGAGUUGUUAGUGGUCAGCAGAUUAUAAAACAGGUCGAAGGAUUGCCAGUUGAUAGAAAGUCUAGACCUUUAAGUGACGUUCGAGUUUCUAAUUGCGGAGAGUUGAUUUUAAUGAAGAAAAAGAAAGAGAAAAAACCAAAGAAAGAAAAACCUGUAAAGGAAAAAUCUGACGUCGAGGAUGAAGAAAGGUCUUCUGGGGAGUUAUCUGAAAGCGGGUCUGAUUCUAAGAAACGUAAAGCAAAAGCUUCGGAAAGCAGUACUACAGCCGACGUGAUCGAAAACCAGGAGGUUCAGCAUCCAUUAGUUUCUUUACGAAGCAUUGAUCCAGAUGAAAUACCGAAAGAUCCAUCAAAUCAUUUUUUAAGCAGAGGGAAACUGGAGGAAGCUGAUGACAAGGAUAAGACAGGUGAGAAGGACAAGGACACCAGCAAGGAUAGAAGGAAGAGUCGAAGGAGUACGAGUAAAUCAAGGUCGAGAAGUCGAAGUCGUAACCGUGGAGGGAGAGACGAUAGAGACGAUAGAGGAAGGGGUGAUCGUAACGGCAGUGAUCGUGGAGCUCGAUUCGGUGGUCCUACCAGAUCUACUGACAAUGAGGGAAGAAAAAUUAAAGGACGGGGCAGAAUUUGCUUUCCACGUUUCUCAAGCCGAUCCAGAAGUAAAACCCCACCUCAUUGGAAGGCAGAAACUAGGAAAACCAUUACCAUGAAGGAAUUUGAGGAACGCGAAAAACGAAAACGUGACAAGGAUGACGAGCUUCGUCGAAGACAAGAAGAACAGAAAAAACGCCACGAAGAAACAGAAGCGGUUGUGCGCCCAUCGUCUCGACCUGAACGUGCCACUCAACCAGAUCAUCGAGGAGGAGGAGGAGGAGGCAGAGAACGCGACCACCGACCAAGGGAACUUGAGAACAGAGGAGUAGAACCCCGUCGACACUUUUCAGAAUCCCUCCGCAAUCGCUUCAGAGAGUCAGAAUCUGAAGACAUGCCCUCAUCCACUCGGGAUAGGGAAUCUGAACCAAAAUCAAAAACCAAGGAUGAAGAAAGGUCGGCUAAAAUUGUGGAAGAAUUGACCUCAAAACUCCAGGCUGCUGGAGAUGGAGUUGUUUAUUAUCAACACUUGUACAAGGCUAAUACCACUUCGGCCAUGAAUUUAAAUUCAAAAGACAAGAAUGAUGACAAAGUCGCGGAUAAUAAUGAUGACGACGACGAUGAUGAUGAUGAAGUUGCAAAUAUUCUGCCAAUUAAUAAAGCUCUGCUCGGGAAUAUUGGCUUUGAUUUGGACCCACCAUCACCAAAAGUCAGCAAGGAAGUGCACAACGUGUCAUCAUCAUUCAUCCCAGCAGUUACGACAGAGGGGGACGGGGACGAAGAUGAAGGACCACCUGGGGAAGAAGACGAAAAUGUGUUGGCUGAACUUCGUUUGAGACGUGAACUUCUCAAGAAAAGGUUGAAGGAUUGGGAAGAAGAUAGUGCCGACGAGGGUGACGAAGAUGGAAACAAGGAUAAAUCAGUUGAUCAAAAAAAGCUGCAGAGUGCUAUCGAGGCUGAACUGAAAACAUUAAAUGCGCACAGAGGAUUGUCUCGCAGAACUGCGAGCAUUGGUGGUGGUGGUUCAGAUGUAGGGAUCACGGGUAAAGAAAAGGACGAUGAUGAUGCCGUUUCCACAUCGAAGCGAGUUGCUCGGAAAGACCGUUCAAAAUCAGGAUCUAAAUCAAAGUCAAGAUCAAAAUCCAGGGAUCGUCACGGUCGAGGACGCGAUCGAGGAGGUCGUGAAGAAACCAAAAGACGAAGGAAUUCUUCCAAGGAUGAAGGGAGUCGCCAUCGCGGUGACCGUGACCGAGAUCAUCAUCACCGACAUCGCAAAGACUCGUCGAGAGACCGGAAAGACCACAGGGACCGGGAUCGUCAUCGCCGCUCAAGAAAGUCAAAAUCUCGUUCAAGAUCAAGGUCUCGUUCUCGAGGACAUCGCAGUCGACGUUGAUAUGUCAAUACGUUAUUAUUACUUGUUUGCUUAACAAAUCCACUGGAUUAGACUGGACUGAACGAAAAUUUCCUGAAACUGUUUUCCUCGUCUGUUUCAGUUCAAACUUGAAUAAGUUAUGACUUUCCUAUUAUUUAUCUAUCUAGGAUUUUACGUCAUAGCCUACUAAAAUUAUGGGAUAGGGAUUCUUAUCCGUUUUUCCGUUAGGAAGAAUCUUACUUUGUUGUGUGUACAAUUUAUUUUGUGUUUGUCUUGUUCUCUUUCGAUAUUUGAAUGGGUUAUCAGUCAUCUUAUUUAUCGAACCUACAUAUGUUCUUCUUGCUAUGUCAAGCUUAUCACAUCCUUGACCUCCUACUAAUGACUAACUCAUGUCUUUUGUCUUGUCUACUUGAAACCCGACUGGAAUUUCAUAUUUAUGCAAAGCUAACUUGUAGUUUGCCUGCAAAAAAAGUUUCUAAAUUCCAAGUAAUUCCGUAUCCACCAAUUCAUAAACUUAAUGUUCCUUACUUCAAUACCCUUUAGCUUUUUCCUAUAUUAGCAUAAAUAUAGACUUCUUCUAUGGUUAAAUCUGUUAAUCUUACUUUACAUGUCACACAUUUUAGCCUAUGAAAUUUUUUCAUUCAAAAUUCUAGUUUAGCCGUGUCUGUAUCGAAAUAAAGCAUUGUUAUUAAAUUA